GGAAUGCCGUAGCUGCAGAGACAUUCGUCCAUUCGGCAGAGAAGCAGCAGAAGUUAAUUCCGCUGCACGUCUCGACACAGAUUUUUCGUUUUGCUACCUCGAAUAAUUUACUUCCAAAGAUGGUACGUCCACAUUUUGGGCCACCACGCCUAAAGCCCAGACCCUACAGAGACGACAAUGGCAUGGGAUCAUCAAGUGAUAGUAAUUACAGGUCCAGAAGAGACGAUCAUGACUUCCAUGGAAAGCCCCCUCCUCUUCACUGGAAAGACUCCAGAGGUAGAGGACGGCCCCCAAUGGUGAAAAGGGUCCCAUCAGUGGGAGAGCCCCGAGAGUCACGUUUCAACAACUGGAGGCCGUCAAAUGAGGAUUCUUAUCACUCUUACCCCUCCAAAACAGAGCCACAUCAUCAGAGGAGACCGUCUCCUUCGAGACCAAACCGGUCGCCCCAUGGCCAGCAUCACCCUCGUAGUCCAGCACACAGAGGCCCACCUUUCCACAGUCACCCACCCCCUGGUCACAGGUCACAGUCACCCAGGCAUUUCCACAGCCACCCAGAAGAUAGGAGGCCUGGCCCACCACCGCCCUUCAGGGGCUCGUUCAGAGGAAAGCGGUACCCAGGUUUUUCUCACCCAGAGCAGAGGAGUCGAGACCCUCCUGUGAACUACAGUCCAAGAGACAGGCCCUAUGAGCCCUCACACAUGAGGCGCUGGAAUGGGGCAGGAGCGUUUUCUCACAAUGACAAGAGUCCCCGAGAGUUUCAUGGCAGAGGUCUAGAGAGGUGGGCUGAGCAAGACCCCAGACGACAGCGUGGACCAAUGGAGAGGCAGCACAGCAGGUCGCACAGUAGAGAACGCACACAAGAUGCCCAUUCUCACCCACCUCCAUUCAGAUCUCCAUCAUGGAAAGGAGCACACAGCUCACAGUCACCCCCUCAUGAGAGACAUGCGCCAGUGCCACGCAAGAGGAGGAUAUCAGAUGUCCACCCGCACCCUUCAGACCAUGCCAUGGGUCAUGAUGAUGUAAAACAUCCCAGAAGAGAGAGGCCACAGCUCAUGAAUAUGCCAAGACCUGUGGCUCCCAGGCCCUUUGGUCCCAGACCUUUUGGUCCCAGACCUUUUGGGACAAGGCCGUUUGCUCCCAGACCAUUUGGAGCUAGGCCCUUUGGCCGGCCUUUGUCUUUAAGAGACAGAAGUUUCCUGAUCAAGAGCAGACAAAUGAGAGCGGAGUCUCUGAUGAAGCUGAGAUUACCUCCAUCAUUCAAAGCCAGAGCCAGCUUUAGCUCGGUCCUUGCUUUGAGAAAGAAGAGAUUUGAAUCCGGCGCAGCGCCCUUGAGAAAACUAGAGCCGCGGGAGACGAGGCCCAAACAGUCACCCACCAAGGCAGAAGGCAAUGCCAGCCAAUCCUCUUCAGACUCAAAAGAACAGGUGGAGUCUCGCCGAUCCGUGAACUCUCACAGAUUGUCCCCACCAAAGGAUGACCUUGUUGUUUUGUCCCAUUGGGAAUCUGGAGCGGGCUCUUCGAAGGACCACUCCCCUUCUCGGGAUCACAACCCCAAAACUGAAAGGAGUUCAGGGCCUGAAAGUGCAUCAACCAGCCGAAACAACAAAGCCUAUUUUACAAGGUCUUUUGAAGAUCAUAACCGGGCCUAUUCCGACUGUAGGCCAGACAAGCCAGAUGGAUUCUUUAGAAGGCCUUUUCCUGCUGGUCCAAGAAGACCUGGCCCACCUAUGGACCGUUUUCAGAGACCGGCAUUUAGAAAAAGUCUUAGUAUUGUGUCCAAAUACCGCAACAUGAGAGUGAUGCGUCAGCGUGGAUCAUACAGUCGAGGUCCUGAUCAGAGAUGGUGAACCCCUCGUGGUCCCAUUGAACAAAAAAUGGACCUUCUUUGCUGUGAGCACCUUUUUCUACAUUUCCUACCUGUACAUAGUAGACAAGUGCUAAUGUGUUUAAGUUGAUCUUUUUAAAGAUUGCUAAGUUUUAGUUUGAUACUAAGAACUAUGCCCCUUUCCUUCACACUGCCCAUUUUUUAUUUGUUACACUAAUACUUGAUUUACUAAACGUGAAGUUUUCAUGGGUAUUUAGUGCUUAGCAAUGUGUUGUUUUUUGUUUAGCAGCUACAAAUGAUCCUUUAAUACGUGGGGCUAAGAUCUGGUCUUAGGUGGUGCUAUUGGCUAUUAUGUUGACACCAUGCUAAGUAACAU